AUGCUGUUCCUCGCUCUACCUUCGCUUUUCGCCGCUCUGAGCUAUGCUCUUCCUCAGGAGGCGGCCUGUGCUACCAUCACCAAGCAGAUCAUUGUGCCGACCAGAACUGCAACAUACUGGUCCACUGCGAUCGUGACUGUCUCUCCGACCACGGCUAAGAACCUGGGAAUUUUCACGCUCAUCACCACCAUCUCGGACACGACCACCGUCCAGACCUUGACCAGUACGACGACCUCGUGUGCGGCGAGUGGUACUGUCUUUGUACCGGUAUCGACAACUACCGUGUACGGUAAAUCGAACUUUGCCAAACGCCAGCUCGGCCUGAAUCCACGACAAUAUGCGGACUGUACCACGACAGUCACUUCCUACACCACGUACGGCCAGACCUACACAUGGGCUCCAGCUGGAGAGACGGCCACCUUCUACGACUACUCCGCCUUUUCCCAGACCACCGUGACCAGCGUCAAGACUGGCGGUAGAGCAUUUGCCAUUGCCACCUCGAUGGUAACCAAGCCCGUCACCUGUGGAACCCAGACCAUUACCCAGAAAGGCCAAACAUCGACUGUGACUCUGGACCCAAAAUGCUCGCCGAGCUCGAUGAUUAGCCAGUACAACGACUACGGCAUUUCGUACCUAUCAGAUACCCCAUCAGCUGGUGCGACGUGGAAGACGAGCACGACUGAUGCUUCACAAUGCUGCCAGCUGUGUGCGACAUCUUGGCAGUGUGCCUCGUCUGCGUGGGACAUUCGUAGUGGCGAGUGCAGGUUGGAAUUCCCUGUUACGUGGAACACUGGCGAUCUGAACUGCGGCAAUGGCCUGCUCGCAUACUACGAUGCUGGCCCAGCUAAUCCAAUGGCCCCCGGUACUGGAUGGUACAUUGCAAAGCUUUGCGGCGACGCGACCUUUGGUGCUGCACAGCCAGACGAUGGCUCAUAG